GACCCGGGGCCAGGUGGCGGCUGCCGGCAGCGGCCGCGCGGCGGGCGGGAGCUAUGGCGGCGGAGGGGGACGCGUUUCUGAAAGCCCGGGGCAGGACUCUGACCGCCUUCCGCCAAGAUGAUGAGUACCAAUGGAGGGGCCCCUUCUACUUCAUCCAAGGAGCAGAUCCUCAGUUUGGACUGAUGAAAGCUUGGGCAGUUGGAGACACGAACAAUGGAGAUGAUGAAUGGGGAGAAGAAAUCAAAUUAGCAGAGCAAGCAGUGCAGGCCAUUAACAAACUAGACCCUAAACCCAAGUUCUUUGUGUUGUGCGGAGACCUUAUCCAUGGAAUGCCAGGAACUCAAUGGAGAAAGGACCAAGAGCAAGAUUUGAAGAAUGUUCUGAAGAACACUGACCAGGACAUCCCAUUGGUAUUUGUCAGUGGAAAUCAUGAUAUCGGCAAUACUCCAACAAGAGAAACAAUAGAUAAUUAUUGCAAGAACUGGGGAGAUGACUACUUCAGCUUUUGGGUUGGAGGUGUUUUCUUUCUUGUGCUGAAUUCUCAGUUAUACUUUGAUUCUUCCAAAUGCCCUGAGUUAAAGCAAGCCCAGGAUGUGUGGCUCAAUGAGCAACUGGCUGUUGCUGAAAAACAGAAAUGCAAGCAUAUAAUAGUAUUUCAGCACAUCCCUCUGUUUCUGAGAAAACCUGAUGAAGACCACGAUUAUUUCAACUUGGAAAAAUCAGUUCGUCAAGAGAUAAUGGAAAAGUUUCAUAAAGCAGGUAUUAAAGCUGUAUUUUCUGGACAUUACCAUAGGAAUGCUGGAGGGUCCUACAGAGGACUGGAAGUGGUGGUUUCAUCAGCUAUAGGAUGUCAGCUGGGAGAAGAUACACAUGGGCUUCGGGUGGUUGUUGUCACAGAUGAAAAGAUUGUUCAUAGAUACUACAGUUUAAAUGAACUGAGCAGCCAAGGCAUAGAGAAAGAGCUGCUAGAUAUGCUUGCUAAGCAAAAUUAGGCUAUGUCAAAUGAUGUGAUUUUUUUCUCCAUAUUAGACAAAUAGAAACAGUUUCAAAAAGUUUCCCCAAGCUGAAGAUACAGAUUCCUGAUUGUGCACCAUGCCCCAGAACAGCUCUCAAUUUGUUAUCAUCCUAAAUAACAAGAAAGUUGUUGACAUGUUUCUCUCUUGAAAAUGAGACCUAUGUGGAAUAUGGAAGAAUAGCAGAAUUCAUAUGGUAAUAUGUCAUUGAAAAGAACAGUUCUGAGAAUUUUUACUUUGCUCCUAGAUACAACUUUCUUAGUAGAAAGUGUAUUAAAGAGUGAGAGUUGUAGCUUCUAGAUAACCCUUUAACUCAAGUCUAUUUUAGUUUUAUAUUUGAGAGGGUAUUUUAAAAUCAAGAAAUUUAGUAUUUUCUAUUACACUCUGGAAAAUGUAAAUGGGACUCUUUUUACUCUGCAAAAACAAUCUCAAAAAGUCUGAAAUCAACAGAUUUCCACUGACUUUUAGCAACCUUUGGAUCAGAUCUUGUUACCUAGAGAUUGUAUUUUCUCCCAUUUCCCAUACUUUAUUUUCUUAGCCCUUCAGAGCCAGCAGCAAUAUGAAAGCAAAGACAUUCUGUUUUGCAGUCACACCUUGGGUUUCUGUUACAUCCUAGUUUUAUAUAAUGAGAAGUCUAUAAAUGAAGCUAAUAUAGACGCCACUGACAGAAACUAAACAUGGAAUGACUAUUUUCCUUUUGAAAUUUAACUAAUAUUCAAUUAGCAUAUAUUCUUGCUAUAGCUUCAGAAGUUGGAAUAAUUG